AUGGGAAAGCGAACGAGCGCUGUCUUGAUUGGCCGUCAAAAGUUGUUUACGUUAGGGAACUGCGGUUUGAAAGUUGAUGCGGCGAUCGGGCACGAUCGGGGCGAGGCCGCGAGACGAUUCCGGGGCAUUUGUGAUCCGUAUUUCUCGUGUCCGAUUCGACGAUGGUGCGAUACACCGCCCUGAAAGGUUUGUACGAGCUGGAGAAGACAAUCGGUAGCGGUGGCUUUGCCAAAGUCAAGCUCGCGACUCAUGUCGCUACCGGCGAAAAGGUUGCCAUCAAGAUUAUGGAGAAGACUGCGUUAGGCGAAGACUUGCCAAGGGUGAAGCUCGAAGUAGAGGCACUAAAGACACUGUUGCAUCAACACAUUUGUAGGCUGUAUCAGGUGAUAGAAACAGACAGUCAUUACUUCAUGGUGAUGGAAUAUUGCUCUGGUGGAGAACUGUUUGAUCAUAUAGUUGAGAAAAAUAGAUUGUCAGAAUUUGAAUCCCGCAAAUUUUUUUGUCAGAUAGUGUCUGCUGUUGCAUACAUGCAUAAUUUGGGAUAUGCUCAUAGAGAUUUGAAACCUGAAAAUGUUUUACUUGAUAAAGAUGAGAAUUUAAAGUUAAUUGACUUUGGAUUAUGCGCAAAACCCAAGAUGGGAAUUCAGGCACAUUUAUAUACCUCGUGCGGUUCUCCUACAUAUGCUGCACCAGAACUCAUAAUGGGAAAGAAAUAUCUAGGCUCAGAAGUAGAUAUUUGGAGUAUGGGAGUUCUUCUUUAUACUCUACUGUGUGGCUUUUUGCCUUUUGAUGACAAUAAUUUAGAGAACCUGUACAAAAAAAUACUUAGUGGCAAAUAUGAAGAACCAUAUUGGUUGUCUAAUAAUAGUAAAAUGCUAAUCAAGUCAAUGUUGCAAAUUGAUCCGGUAAAGAGAAUUACCAUUCACGAAUUGUGUUGUCAUCCAUGGAUUACGGGAAGUUCUAUGAAGUUUAUAUCGUUUAUUCAUAAAACAGAAUUUGAAAAAGAUGAUGAGGUAUUGAGUACUGUAUCUGCCAUUUGUGGUGUGAAUAGUGUAGAUAUAUGGAGGAAACUUGUGCAGAGUGAUAGAACUGAUUAUAGAACGGCUACAUAUCUGUUGUUACUUGACAGAAAAUUGCGUGGACUUUCAUUGAAAAUACCAUCUUUGACGAAAACGCAUUUUAAGCAAGAAAUAAAUGGCAAAAAUUUGCCACAACGUGAAAUAAUAGUCAAGAAUUUUAUAACCAAACUUGAUCAUUCUCCAAGUAGCAGAACAAACAACGAGCAAUCUCCAACAAUUGAUGUCACUUAUGAUGUCUUGCCCAAGAAAAAUGAAAAUAACUUUCGAGAACCAUGUAUAUCAACAAGAAAAAGAUUACGAAGUAGAGACUGUGACGAUAUAUUAUCACCUGUUUUAUAUAAUAUUACUACAGUACCAGCAAAACGACAGCCUGAAAAUAGAUCACCUACUCCAACACAAUCUUCAACACCAGAACCCAAAGUUUCUCAAACAUCUACACCUGGUAGUGCAAGAAAAGUCAUGAUGGGCUUAGAACGAGGAUUGAAUCGGGUAAGGUGUGUUCUGACACCAAAAAGGCGCAUAAAGAAUGAAAACACCGAUCCCGAUGAACCAACUGUAUUGACGGGAAAGGGUCUGUCUAAUGUAUCUGCAACAUGCAGCGGUUGUCCGAAACAUGUUCUCUCGAAAUUACGAAGAGCACUACGGCAGAAGGGUAUAAUGUGCCGUCAGAAAGGAUUCAUUUUGCAAGGGGAAACUGAAGAGUUCUUUCCGCAAGAUAGGAAAGAUUCUUUAAAAUCGAUUUCCUCUCAGAAUUCCUGCUCCUUCGAAUUGGAGGUCUGUCUCUUGGAGAUCGAUCCGAAUGGUAAACGAUUAGUCGGCAUUCGUCGAAAACGAUUAAAAGGUGACGCUUGGGUUUAUAAACGCGUCUGUGAGGAAAUUCUUGCCCUCACUGCAGAAGAUAUUUCCACAAAUUCAGAGGUUCCUUCUGAAUCCAAGUGUCCUAUUUGAAAUGGCUCUGUCAUCGUUACAUGUAUAUACGAUGUAGAUUUCUCCAUAUAUAGGAAUACUAAGUAAUUGUAUGAGAAUUUUGGCCAUCUAUUAAACAAAUAAUACUAAGUUUUAUGUUUUAUGAUAAAAAAAAUCGACGUUAUGUGCAACAAAUAGUAUAAGAUUUAAAAAUAAUUCUUGCAAUUUUUAAUUUUAUUUAAAGGUUUAAUUUAACUUAUCAGGAAGAGAUUAUUUUGUUUGUAAAAUGUACAUUUAUUUCCGCUAAAGAGAUAAAGUAUGAGUAACAGAUCUCUAAAGAUCUAUAAAUAUAUUUCUUGAGGUACGGGUAAAGUAAGUGAAAUUUAUAAUGUAUUUACGUGAUAUGUAAGUUUUAAUAAAUUAUAUCAUUGCUCCUACA